CACUGACAGGUGGCACUGACUGGCAUUGAUAGGUGGCACUGACUGGCACUGAUGGGUGAUACUGAAAGGCAGCUCAGAUGGGCACUGAUAUGUGGUAUUGAUGUGGCACUGAUGGGCACUGAAAUGUGGCACUGAUGGGCACUGGCAGGUGGCAUGGAUGAGCAGAGAGCUGGCACUGAUGGACACUGACAGGUGGCGCUGCUGGGACUACACAGAUCAUCAGGGCACACUGGAGCUGUUAGUGCGACAGCUCGUGGGG